CGCAAAUCCUCGCCUGGCCUCCGUUUUGCGCUGCAUUCACCCGGGCGCUUGAUAUAUUCACAAACAACGAGCUCCUACUAAGAGACAGGAGGACAAUAAGAACACUCAGAAGCCGUCCGUCUGAGGCCUUCUGGAUUUUCUGUCACGAUGGCGCAGACCCAGUCCCACCAGCUGCCUCCUCGCUCCUUUUCUCCCCCUGCCUCCAGUCCCUCUCCUGGUACCCAGCAGGCUUCGGUGCCGGGUAGCAACAUUCCCCCUCCCCCUAAAAGACAGCGCCUCUCGCCUCUUCCGCAGUCAUCACAGCCCUACAACUCUCCUCACUUUGCGCCAGUGCAGUUGUCUACGAACGGGAGCGCUAUGCAUGUGAAUGGUAUGGCAAAACAGGCCCCCAAUGCGCCCCCGCCACCCGGCUCGAUGGGGCCGCCUUCACGGCCGGUGGAAAAGGCGACAGACACUGCUGAGCUUACAGACGUGCUCGCAUCGUCUGGUAUAGAUGUGAAGGAGGAGGAGGCGUUCUUGACUAGCGGGUAUGCAAAACCGGCAGCUCCGGUCCAGCAAACACAUUCCCAGUCCAUCUCACAUCCGCCGCGCCAGCAAACAAGCUUCUCAAACUCGUUCAAUUCCAUACCACCUGUUGGGCCUAUCACACCUUCAAACAGCUUUUCCGAACAGACACCCAAACAACCAGGCUUCCAACCAGCAGGUUACCCCUACCAGGCACCUGUUGCCCCUGUUCCGCCUAUCAAAUCACCGGAAGAGAUAUCGCAAGAUGAACAACUACGACAAGAUACGGCUGCUAGUAGGAGGGAGCAGUAUCAUCUCCAGUCUGCUUUUUUGCAUACUGCUGUUAUGGAGAAGAAGCUUGAGAAACGGGCCCAGGAACACGGGGUGAGGAUGCCCAUGAGUGGUGUGUUUAAACCCCUUCCUGGGCGUCCUACGGGACCUGUUGAGGUCACUGGCCCAGAUGGCUCCUCUGUCAUUAGAAGAGACAAGACCAUUUUGAACCCCGAAUCAGCACUUGGUGACAUUAUCUCGCUGCUAUCGUUAGCCUCGGAGGAGAGGCUUCGAUCUGUCAUCGAUCAUUCUGUGACUCUCUCGAGAAAUCGGCGAGUCAACUCUCACGGCGCUGUACCUCCUGAGUGGGCUGAUUUAGCUAUAAUCCAGGAAACAGCAGCUGAUGAUAAUACUUCCACAACAAAAGCAGAACAACCUUCCACAGCUGAAACGACGGUUGAUAACUCCACCUCAACAGCUAAGAAGACUACUACAUCGAGCACGUUGACAGUGAAAAGCCGUCGUCUGAUUGACAGGGAUGAAUCACAUGAGGAGCGUCGAACUGCCAAACGUGCAAAACGCAAUGCAGAUGCCAUACUCGGCGCUGAUGGCCGACUACCGACCCCUGGUGCAUCCACGCCCAAUGGCCUGGAUCGUGCUCCUGAUAUUGAUAAGAAAAUUUCUAAGAAAGAUAUAAAGAAGAUCGAUGUCAAGGCCACGGGUGCAGUGCAACAUCAACAUGCAAUUGAAACCGCCCGUAUGCAGACAACUAGUCUUUCUUCGCGAUUCGGCAAGAAGGGAGGUUACAGUUGGCUUAAGUCUUCGCAGCCAGCAGUCAGUAGAAGCGGGUUCUCGACGCCCUCUCGACUCAGCACAGCAGCAGCAGCAGGAUCAGCCGCAGGAGGGAACGGAAAGCCGGGCUCCAACGCAGCCAGCAUAAAAGCUAUUCGCAAGCAGUUCGGUGAUUGGCGGGAAGACAAGGAGAAUGGAGCUGGUAUCCAAAUCCGAGACCUUCUCUUUACGCUAGAAGUGGAUGGUAGAGGUCUAAAGCAUCUACAGAAGGCUUAUUCCAAGGACGCUAAGGAGGAUUUUGCAGCAUCCUAAUCUGUUUACUUUUUCUCUCUUCACACAAGACAGACCCUUUGAUACAGCAAGUUUUAUUUGGCCGGGCCAAUCAAGCUACCAGGUCUCCUGUUGAGAAGAUAUGUCUUGUGGGAGACUCUUCCUUAAUGCUCGGCAUCAUACUACUUUACACAGUCCGUUGAUGUUUAUUUUUCUUCCCCUUCACGCAGCACUCGAGCUUACUCGGCUCUUACGACUUUUAAUCUUACCUUUUCUUUUCUUUACCUCUUCCCUUCUACUUUGUUAUAUUCCGUACCACCGGCUUGCUCGAGCUGCCUCUCUUACACACCUCCUUAUUCAACACGUCUUCUACAUGUGGUAGUUGUUUCUUUUCUGUUUUAUUCCUACUAUGGGAAAGGUUCGUCGUUCAAAGGCGCAAAUGCAUUUUGAAUAUUAUGCUGUUAUAGCUGACACUAGGAGGCAUCUAACUUGCAUAAAUGAAAAUCUUGUUCAGACUGACAGCUGACAACAUUCCAAAGGUAAUCCAAGACAAUUCGUAGUGUUCGUUAUAUCUUAUCUUCUUUGAUUAUCUCGUUGACCAUGGCUGCAGCGAGUCUUGCAUCUGGCUCUAUCUCUUCUCUGACCCGAGUGUGUGUACAGGGUCUCAUCUCCUUUCUGAGAGGUACUUCAGGCCCAUUCAUGCCCUCUUGAAUAAACCUUAUCAAAAUUGCUGAGCCAUAAAGCCGAGCCUGCUGGACGCUCUAGCAUCGACAACAAAAGACCUUAUACCCAAGCACUCGCUUCAGAGCUCUCGCGUCCUUCAGUAAAUGCCCGUUUGUUCACUUAUUGCCUCGUCUCGUCAAUAAAAUGCAAUCAUAGUUAUGCCUAUUCACAUAAACUUCUGAAUCUCCAUGAAGGUUCAGAGAUUUGUAUGAGCGUAAAUGGUUCAAUAACAAUGUCUAUCUCCAUUGGGUGUCGGUUAAAGAGGUGAAGGACACAGGUUCGACAACGAGGCUCUGGGAAUCAUCCUCAUUAACUCCCAAGUUAGGCCUUGGAGAGGGUUCUACUUAACUAGAGUUCUGCCAAGCCGGAGCCUCUUUCGGUGAUUGGUGGUUGGGAAUUACGUGAUGUGAGUCCAAACUUCAAGGUCAAUCACACGGCUUUGAUUGGAUGAACUUGGCG